AUGAGGCUAUCAAUAUCAUGUGAUGCCUGUCGUCGAGCUAAAGUAAAGUGUGUCCAUGAGGGGAAUCCUCCAUGUCGACGCUGCCAGAAGACCAAAGCCGACCAGUGCGUCUUAACUGAUCCCCGCGCUUCAGAGCGUUGGGUACGGCGCAACACAGUCGCAUCUAGAACCCCGCGAAAGCGGAGGACAAUAGAUAAAAGAUCACUAGCAAGCGGUGAGGAUCAACCAAAAACCAGAAGUACUUCUCGAGAAAUCUUCAAAAGCGAUGAAAAUCCUAUUUCGGCGCUACCACCAUCCACAGUGAUCACUGCUAUCGAAACAUAUCGGAAGAAAUUCCCGAUCGCAAACUUUUUGCACUACCCGUCAUUGAUUUCAGAUAUUUCUACAGACUUUGACUCUGUGGAUCCAAUCUUUAUUGCGUCACUCCUUUCGCUAUGUGCACGGUUCAUGAAUGACACUAGCCUUGAAGAAGAGGGCGUCUACGCCAGUUAUGCGCAAAGGCAUCUCUCGCAGCGUGUGAUGGAAGCACCUUCGCUUUACCUCGCCCAAUCCCUUGUCAUGAUCUCUUUCUAUGAAUGGGGCACAGGCCGGCCUUAUCAAGCAUGGAUUAUGGAGCAUAGCCCACACGAGUUCCAUGCCUCACAAACUCAGUACGAGCAGCUUGUUCGCACAUACUGGUGCUGUUUUGCGCAGGACUGCGAGUUGAGCUCUGGUGCACGGCAACACUUUGCUUUAUCGUUUUCUCAGAUUUCAGUGCCACUGCCUAUAAGUGACCGAGACUUCACGUUCAAUCACUUACCAGAACGAAGACUAAUGCCUGCGGAUAUGAAUAAGCAGUGUCCGCAGGCAAAUAAUCUGACUAUUGAGAAUGGAUUGACGAUAGUGACUCGUGGAUUCGAUGUCUUUGUGCGGAUUCUCAGGUUUGCAAAUGAACAUCGACGAGCAGUCACAUCUGUCAAUAUCCCAGAAGACUCUGCGGUAUCGCCUCUGCAUCAGACCUGGCAAAGGCUCAAAGGAGAAUUGGACGAAUGGAGAUCGCUCCAAGACAGGACAGUCAAAUAUCCUGCCACAAGCGCUCAAGCCCAUCCCCACUCAGAUGUUUUUCAUGACAUGAAUGAUGACGACCAUUAUCAACCUGAAACGAUCAAGCAACUUUUUGAAGCCGCGCAGCAUAUUAGUAGUGUUUUAUUGGCAUUAGAAGCCUCGGAGGCAGCAGUCAUGACACCCUACUCAGGGUUCAGUGUUUUUGUCGCGGCACACAUUAAUAUGUAUGGAACGCUUGUUCCACAAUGGUACCCGGGAGGGCUCGAGCGCGCGGAAGAAGAAAAGAACCGAAACAUGACUUAUCUCGAGCGACUGAGUAAAUUGUGGCCUGUGGGUCAAAAUUGGUGGCGGACUGUCCAAGAGGCCAAUCGCUUCUACGAGACAGUGAAAAGCACCCAGGCACAUCCCGAGUCGGGAAUGCAUAGCCCCAGACGCUUUGCACUCGCAGGCACUUUGGAUGAAUACGGAGAUAUUCGCUCACGCCCAACGCGUGAGCCUCAUGUGACACGAUCGGGUACUGCGGAAGUUCGUGCCGUACCAAACACACCCCCAACCCAGGGAUCGAUGAUGUCAUCACCUGGCCCCCAAGGCGACUCGGCUUUCUUCCCCAGAGAUCAUAGUGCAAUCGCAGGCCAUCAUGACUUCGAGGCCGACAUGUUCCAGUGGCCAUUCAUCGAUGGCUCCUGGUCGGCCGGUUUUGAUGCAGGGCUAGAUGGGCUGUGGCAUCAUUCUGGGUUGUUCGAUCCAAACCCUCCUCUUCGGUAG